UGCAACGUGAGUGUGACAGACAACUCCACCGUGCGGCACUACGAUUUAUAGCACACUACACCUGAGAAGUUAACUAUACCUGCGGAAAGCAGACACUUCGACAUAACCAGCUCAUAACCAUGGGGGCAACACCGUCCAGUCUCUUGGAUGAAAACACAUCCAACUACAUACGAGAUUGUGCCGAAGCGACACUGAAAGAGUUCAGCCACCACUACAGGAGACAGCACCCUGUGGCUUUUUUUUCCCACAUCCGGGAUGAGCUGGAGCAACAGAAAGAGAAAAAAAGACAGCUCCUCAAACAAAAGGCCCCCCCGAAGUCAGGGAAGGUUCUCUAUGAGGAACAUGUGCUCCUGUUUGAUGACACCAGGAAAUGGAAGCCACGGUACAUGGUGGCGCGUGCUAACUACAGCCUGGAGUGCCACGACAGCAUUGAGACCUUUAUUAAGGGCUCACCCCCGCGCCACACGCUGCUGCCAACAGGGGGUGCCGUGCUCACCACUGAGGAGAAGUACAUGGCCAUGGUGGAUGAAUGCUUUCCUGUUUCUGAAACCAGCGAUGUGAAUGAGGAGUUUGCCCCUCCUGUAACCGGAAUGCCUGGCAAGUUCCCAGUGUACCUCAGACUUCCGUAUCGCAGGGAUUACUACUUCUGCUUCCGAAGGGAGGAACGACAAGCUGCCUUCCUCUCCAUACUCUUCGACUGCAUCCGCCACCAGAACCAAGACUUCCUAAAGAAGAAGGCAGUUGAUGUGCAGGCAUUCCUUAAAGCGAUCCAACUCUACAGACAGGAAAAGGGCUUCUAUGACUCCUGGAACAUGCUGAUUGGCAGUUACGUCAGGGUCCUGGCCAACCUGGUUAUGGAGGACCUCUUGCCUUCUCUGAAGAAAGAAGUACUGCCUUGUCUCAAAGUCAAGAAGGCAGAGAGGAAGAGGUUCUGGUUUGCUAUUGUAGAAGAGGCCUAUAUCCUGGUGCAGGAGCAUCUGCUGGUGGGUCUGUCUGCUCUGAAGGAAGAGUGCAUGAUGGCAACAAAAGAGCAGGAGGUGUUGAUGCGCUCCGAUAUGGACCAAAUCCUAAACUCCAGAACUUACCUGGAGGGAAAGCUUCAAGCUAGUGUAUUAGAGCCAGCAGAGAAGUUCUGUGCGGAGUGCGUGCAGCCCUACCUGGCCUCGGUACUAGAGGAGCUGAUGGGCCCAAUCAGCUCAGGGUUCCAGGAGGCACGAGUCCUGACUGACAUGCAGAUGGAGCAACUGUGUCAGGACUUCCAGGAGGGGAUUAUUACUGAUGACCUCAAGCAGGCCCUGGCUGAUAUGAGGAGGCCCAACAUGUUGGAGUGUUACCAGAGGAUCAACUCCCUCCACGACCAACUGCACAACCUGCAAGAGCGCUUUGGCUUCUCCAACAUCGACAGCCUGGUCCACAGCGCCCAAAUUGACCUACAGCAGCUGGUGGAGAACGCGGCUUACACAUUUGAGCUGCUGUUCUACAAAGCCAUAGAGGAGCACCCGGAUGAUGUUGGCUCUGCCACUGAGAAGUCCAGGCACAUGGUGCUCAAGCAAUAUGACUAUGACAGCAGCACAGUGAGAAAGAAGAUCUUUCAGGAGGCCUUGGUGGUUAUCGCUCUGCCUCACAUCAAGAAGAACAUGGCCCCCACCUGCAAAACAGAGCUGCAGGGUCUUGAACAGUUCAUCUAUGCAGACUAUUCCAACUUUGUCCAUGUGGAGAAUAUCUAUGAGGACAUUCUGCUGCAGUGUCUGGUCAAGGAAGUCAGCAAAGUUGUGAAAGAGGCAGCCAGCCUGAAGAAACACAACCUGUUGACAGACAGCAGAGACCUCCUGAGUCGAUCCAGCCAGUCUAUCCUCAAAUCAGCCUCCUCCUCGCCCAGCAGCCCGGCCAGGGGGCUAGGCUACCCCAGGCAGAUGGAGGCCAAGUCAGGGGCAGAAGAGCUUGAGUCCCUGGAGGCCAGUACUGGCCCUGAUGCCUCUCCAGUAGAGAAGCUAGUAGAGGUGGAGAACAGGGUCGGUAAACCGGUGGCCUGUGAGACAAAAACUAAGAUCUUAGACACUCCAAUUACCGCUGAAGAAGGGACGACAGCAAAACAGCCCGUCGCAACUGAGACAGUGGAAGUACAGACACAGCCCUCAGCAGAGACAGAGGAAACGCCCGCCCAAGCGGAUGGCGUGAAGCCGGAGGAGACGGUGGUGGCAGACCUACGAACCACAGUAGCACAAAACAACGCCCUUUCCCCAAGUGCGGACACUGUACCUGAUCCAUCCAAUGUCCCUGUUCAUGUUGUCAGCCCUGUAGCUGCCAUCGACGCAGUAGCUAUGGAAGAUUUAGUAGCUGAGGGCAUUGCUUCUCUCGCUAUUACUACAGGCUGGCCAGAUACUGACGGUGAGAGCGGGCCUCUUAACAGUGACCCAGCAGCGCCCCCUGGUGGUGUAACUGUGACUCCAGAAGAAUCCAGCCGUGCCGCCACAUCAGAGACCAAGUACGACGAUGAAGAGUGGGAUACAGAGAAUGAAUCGGGGGUCAAGGUUUGCCUGAGCUGCAGAGAGAUGGAGGGUUCUAAGAGUGAAUCGCCAGUCGGCAUCGCAGCUAAGCCACCUGCAGAAGUAUCAGAGGGUGACCCCUUUCCCCCAAACAUGAUUUCUAAAGCAACAGGUCGAGGUGACAGAGAAGCUAGCUCUGAAGUCACUGUAGCCAAUAUCAAGGUAAUACCUCCGCGACCUCAGCCAGACACCCAGGCCACUUUUCCUUCUGAUUCCACCAAAGAGAACCUGCAGGCUGGGGAGCCCACAGAACCUGUCCCCCGUACCCUGGACUGUGUGAAGGAGAUACGGAACCUGGUGAUGGAGGUUUCUGAAGUGAAGGAGAUGGUCUAGGGUUACCCAGGUACUAAUAAUAUUUAAGAGACAGGCAGCCAGUGAAGUUGCCUAAACACCAGACCGUUACCAUAGUUAGUCAUCAGUCUGAAACAUGUUGACCAAGUAUAUGUAAAUGUAUACAAGCCAGAAUACUGAAUACAAUUUUAUUCAAACAUACUUCACCGGUUGGCCGUCCUAUGUGGCUUUUGGCUGGUAGGAGGAGAUUAAAUGUCCACAACAAAAGUAAACUCCUGUGAUGAUGAAUGAGAUGAACAAUAUGUAAACAAUUUGCCAAAAUCUACAGCAUCACUAAGCCAUUGUUUAAAAAAAUCUAAAUCUGAGAAAAUAACUGGACAAUUAUAUACAGACUAGUGUGUGUGAAUAUUUACACAUGAGGGUAAAAUUAACAGACAACAGAUAAAGUAUGUUAAAAUUAAGUAUAUUCAACAUUCUGACUUUUCUACUAAUAUUCUACUAUUCAUAAGAAAUGUUUGUACAUGCUAGAGAUGAGAAUAUCUUGCGCUUUUGGGUUCUGAACGGACCAAGUCAAAAGUGACUGAUACUACACAGAGAAUCAAGAGAAGGCCCCUGUCUUUAAAUGUCUACAAUUGUGAAAGAUAUUGUCAUUUGAUAGACUUUUUCUCUUAUCGCCUGAGAUUACCUUCCUAAAUAAAAUAAAAACCUGAACCAUCAGACAAGUAUAAAACUGGUUAAAAUGUAAGGACUCUGCUCACAGCAAACUUGCAUUUAUUGACCUGCUUGUCUUCUGAUCAUGCAAAAUAUUGAUGUGGCCCCAAACCCGGCACAGCCAGAAGAGG